AUGGAGCCCUCAAACGACAUCAAGGGUCUUAUCCGCCAGUCACCGCCUGUGGAUGUAAGUAAGCCCUACGACGCUUCUACCCUCAAAGGCAAGACGAUUGUCAUCACUGGCGGUGCCAAUGGUCUCGGAUCUUUCAUGGUCCGAGAAUGGGCUUCCCACGGGGCCAACAUCAUCGUUGGCGAUGUUGAUGAUACAGCAGGCGAGCAGCUGGUCGCUUCACUUACAGCUCAGUAUCCAGACUCGGCUUUUGCAUUCCAGCACUGUGAUGUCACCGAUUGGGACUCACAGGUCAGUCUGUUUGAGAUGGCUGUCAAUGUCAGUCCUCAUGGCGGUAUCGACAUUGUUGUUCCCAACGCGGGCAUCAUCCUCCCUGACGCUUCUAUCCAGUUCGAGGAGCCUGUUCUGAAGAAUGGCCGUUUGCCCAAGCCCAACACGAAACAGUUUGAUGUCAACAUCACCGGUGCUACUUACACCACUCAUCUCGCCCUCUACUGGCUGCCUCAGAGUGGAUCUUCUCCUCGUGAUCGCUGCCUUCUCCUGGUCGGUUCACUCGCAUCACUCUGCCCCUUCCCUACCCAGACCAUGUAUACAAUGAGCAAGCAUGCCAUCCUAGGCCUCUUCCGCACUCUUCGCUCUACGGCUUUCCGCAACGGCGUCCGCGUCAACAUGAUCACGCCCUAUUACGUCUCCAAGUCCAACAUGCUCAAGCUCCCAGUUGAAGCAGCUUUCCUCUCUGGCACCGCAGGUGGAGCCACGAUUGAGGAUGUCAUCGACGCUGCUACACGCCUCAUUGCCGACGAAGACAUUGCUGGCCGUGCGCUCUGUAUCGGCCCCAAGCUCAAGUCCGCUGGUGUCCAUGGUGUUGAGGAUGAGGACGACCUCAUGGCUGUCCAGGAGCGUGAGAACAAUGGACAGGGUCGAGCUGUGUGGGAAUGCUAUGCUGGAGAUUACGACAACGUCGAUGCAUUUGUCAAGCGCUACAUUCUGCUGCUGAACGCCGCUGAACGAGUCAAGGGAUGGUUUGGUAUCGUCACUGACAUUUGGAGCAUGCUCCGUCGAAAGUAA